AUGGACUCCAUCCCUUCCCAUUUCACAAUUGAGAUCGAUGGCAAGCCAAUCGCGAAAGUCGAUGGCGGCGCUGAAGACCACACCGAAGCAAAGCUGGGAGAGGAGCCAGCAAUCUUCAGUCUCAAGGACAGUCGGCUUCAAUGUGGCGACCGGAUCAUGGGCCGUAAUCUGGCAGAGAAUCGUAGCUUUGGACCUAAGCCAGUGUCAUGGUACAAAGCAAACGCAGAGAAUGAAAAGCGGGUUCAGGCUGUGACCGCCAAGAAGGAGGGGGACGCAUACCAGCUGCUAUUCGCAAAUGCGCCGUUGAUGGUGACUGAUGAAGGGAUGGUCAUGGCUGAUUUAAUGGCAACUGCUCACAAUGACCAAGGAUCGAAAUCUGAGGUCAAGGUGAUCCUCCAGGAGGAGAACUGA